AUGGCGAAUUUUAAAAUGAAAAGAGUCCAGCGCUGGCUGCCUUUGCUUUUGUUUCUUCCUUUAUCGAGCGUUUUGUGUUUUAGCGAGUUGUCCUUCAUCACAGAGCCCACUGAUGUGACUGUCCUGCCGAAGGACCCUGCUGUACUGGACUGUCAGGCUCACGGGCAGCCUCCAGUCGCAAUCAAGUGGCUCAAGAAUGGAGUGAAGCUGGCAGAAAGUGAACACAUGCAGUUUCUGCCCAAUGGCUCCCUGUACAUACCAAAGACAAAGCAUACCAAGGAGGAUUCAGAUGAAGGCUUCUACCAGUGCCUUUCCCAGAACAAAUAUGGAGCUAUCCUAAGCCAAAGAUCACGUCUGACUAUCGCUAGUAUCUCAGAGUUUGUGUUGCAUCCUGUGCCUGUGGUGGUGACUGAGGGCUCUGUGGCACGAUUCUCCUGUGCAGUCGCCUCCAACCCUCCCGCCACCAUCACCUGGGAGGUCAACCAAAGCACACUACCUCUCCAGACAGACAGAAUAACAGCUUUACCAAAUGGAGUUCUUCAGAUCUACAAUGUGCAACUGGAAGACGCUGGACAGUAUCGAUGUGUGGCAACUAACAUUGGUACCCGGUUAAGGAGUAGAGCAGCCACACUGACAGUCAAUCAAGAUGCUGGCCCUAAACCACGUCAAAGACCCAAAAUUAUUGCUGGACCCCAAAACGUUACUGUUUCCCAACGUCAGACUGUGGUACUGGAGUGUGUGGCCACAGGUAAUCCUUGGCCUAUCAUCUCCUGGAGCCGCGCUGACAGUAAACCCAUCGAUGUGUAUAAUGCCAAAGUACUGGGCAACGGGAAUCUGGUUAUUACUGAUGUCAAUUCCAAGCACAGUGGAGUCUACCUCUGCAGGGCCACUACCCCAGGAACCCGCAACCACACGACUGCUGCAGCCAACCUCACAGUUCUAGUGCCACCAAACAUUGUUGAGAGGCCUGAGAGCCAGACCCGUCCAAGAGCAGGCACUGCCAGGUUCAUGUGCCAAGCGGAGGGAGUGCCUCCGCCACGCAUCAGCUGGCUAAAGAAUGGUGAAGCAGUUCACCUAAAUGGAAGGAUCAAGAUGUACAACAGUAAACUUGUCAUCACGCAGAUCAUCCCGGAGGAUGAUGCUAUCUAUCAGUGCGUGGCAGAGAAUGAGCAAGGUUCUGUGCUGUCCUUGGCCCGCCUUAUUGUGGUCAUGUCUGAGGAUAGACCCAGUGCACCGAGGAACAUCCAUGCUGAAACCAUCUCCAGCUCUGCUAUCUUACUGGCCUGGGAAAGACCGCUGUACAAUGCAGACAAAGUCAUCGCCUACUCUAUCCAUUACAUGAAGGCUGAAGGUCUGAACAACGAAGAAUACCAGGUUGUCAUUGGCAACGACACAACCAGUUAUAUCAUCGACGACCUUGAGCCAGCUCGGAACUACAGCUUUUACAUCGUGGCCUAUAUGCCAAUGGGAGCCAGCCGUAUGUCAGACCAAGUCAGUCAACAUACCCUGGAGGAUGUGCCUCUUCGUACCCCAGAAUUAAGCCUGACCAGUCACAGCGCAACAGACAUCCAGGUGAGCUGGCAGCCGCUGCCGGCCAAACUGAGCCGUGGCCGGGUGUCUGCGUACCGACUCUCCUACCGGACAGCCGUGGACAGCAAUGUUAUAUCCCUGGAGCUGCCACAAAACAGCACCGAAUACCUUCUGGAGGGCCUGCAGCCCGAUACCAUCUACCUGCUCCGCAUGGCUGCGGCUACGCGAGUGGGUUGGUGCGAACCGUCGGCGUGGACGUCACACCGAACGCACAAGAUCUCCAGCAACAAAGUGCCUUCAGCCCCUCUUCUCCAACUUGAACCUCUGAACUGCACCUCCAUUACGGCUCGCUGGCAGACUGCCUCAGAUUCUGUGGCUGUCCAGGGAUUCCGUCUGGUUUACCAUGAGGAGGGCCAGCCCGAGCAGCCCACCAUACAGCUGCAGGCUCACGCCUUUUCCUACACCAUCAGUGGCCUUGAUCCAAGAAGAAAAUAUCAUGUCAAGAUUCUUGCUGUCAGUAAAGUGGGAGACGGAUAUCAGACGGACCAAACAGUUAGCACACCCGGCUGUGUGUCGGCCAGAGACCAAAUGGCAGCAGCUCCUCCACCUCCACACCAGGUCACAGUCUUGGCCAGUAAUUCAUCGGCGGUCUCGCUGCGUUGGAGUCGCCCGUCUUUCGCCCCUGGAAAAACUGUCAGCUUUACAGUCCGCUGUACACCUGUGGGCACACACAACGCCUCUGCUAUACGCUACCUGCAGACGACCAAGCAGAGUGUGACGGUUCAGAAACUGGCUCCAAACACACGCUAUGAGUUUGUGGUGCGUCUUCAUGUGGACCAGAUGUCGAGUCCUUGGAGUUCGGUUGUUUACCAUCAGACUCAACCAGCAGCACCCAGUCAACCUCCUGCAGGCCUGCGAGUAACUCUGAUUGAGGAUGAUACUGCUCUGGUGUCCUGGAGGGAGCCGACGGAGCCCAACGCAGUGGUAACACACUACACCAUCCUGUACGCUUCACAGAGAGACUGGAUGGCUGGACACUGGCAGAGAAUACAGAGGGAGGGAACUCAUACGAUGGCUCUGCUGGAGAAGCUGGAGCCGGGGAAUGUCUACCUGGUGAAGAUCGCUGCCUCCAACAGGGUGGGCGAAGGGCCUUUCUCUGCCGUUGCGGAGCUGGCGCUGAGGCGGGGAAACACGCACCGCAGCAAGAACCCCAGGCACUCUGACAGCUUCACAGAAACCACAGAGUUCUCUGAUGGUCUCUACCACAUAGACCAGAGGUCGAUGACAGGGAUCAUCGUUGGUGUGAGCAUCGCCCUGGCCUGUAUUGUUAUGUGUGCCUUGAUCCUGAUCAGUAAAGGCAGACCAAGAAAAUCCUCCAGUCCUAAAGUGAUUGCUGUGGGAGUGUCUGAAGGUCCACAUGCUGGUCUGACGCUGCCCGGUGAACACCACAUAGAGAACGUUGAGGCGCUUGUGCCAAUGAUCAGCGAUCACUUCUUAGAUGCCAAGGGUGGAUCCAACUUGGUCAUUAAUGGUUCCGGUCCAGUUGGUCAAAGCAAGAGAUGGCUCCUUUUCAAGAGAGAGGUCAGAAGUGCAGCUGACUGCAGCGUGGAAACAAGAGCAAGCCUGUACGAGGCUGGUAAAACCGUUCUGAGGUAUGAGGAGCGUCCAGGCUCUGCGCCGCUGCCUCCUUCGUCCCGGGAGAUCAUCUACGGCCCCCUUCACUCGGAGAGCUCUCACACCAGCGAGGGCAGCCAGGCGACGGGCGACUCGGGACACUACUCCAACGAGGAGAGCAACGGAGAGAUGAGCAGCCCGUCGACGCACCAGAGCUCCAGACCGGAAUCUUUCGGAUCAGACGACGCGACGAAGCCGUCUUAUCAGGUAGACGACGAGGAGAAGCCGAGCCCCGCCUUCCACCACUCCGCCCCCGCUGCCCCGCACACCCCCCAGGCAGCCCGCUCCAGCUCCUGACGCCGCCCGGCCCGUGCCUGCUCACCAGCGGCCAAAGCCACGCCGCUUCUACCUCGUUCGCUUUCCGUGUGAGGCCGCUCAGGAGGUAUCUGAGGGGACCGGGAAGCUCGCUGCUGCGAUGGAGGAGCUGGCGCCUCAGCUUUGGACUUACCUCAGGAUUUUGUAUGAAUGUUUGUUCCAACAUUUUUUUAUUUUUUAUUUUUUUCCGGUUUUUUAACAACUUUCUACCUGUUCGUCUGCGUUUGGCGUUGUCUGUCCUAAACCAAAGCUCACCCACGAUGAAUGUUAAAAUGAAUGUCAUAAAUGUACUGUGAUACAUUUGCAUUAUAUUUAAUUACUUUCCACUGGAGCGGAGGGUGCAGUCGAGCCUUGUUUGAUGACCUACCUCAGUGUUCUGUUUCUUAUUGACUUGACUACCUCCUUUUCGCCUGGUUUGUGUGCAGUAACACCUCAAACUCAGGGGACAAAGUGAAAAGGCUUCAUUGCCAUGUGUUGUUGACCUCUGUCCGGGCAUUUAUUUUCUUGUCUCUGUUCUCUCAGUUGGAGGAGCUUUUGUUUCAUAUUGUUUUCUCUUUGAAUGGUGUAUGAUGUGAAGAUGACAAGUGCAUUAGAUUCUGUCAAACUAUUUAGAGCUUUAUCAAACAAAACAGUAUUGUUUGACAUUUUCAGUGCACUAAACCCAAAGCUUUAACUUGGCCUUAAAACGAUAAGGGCUUUACAUUCUGAUAAAGAUUACAUCCAAAGACGGGAGAAAUUGUACCCAAAGAGUUUGCCGAAAUUAUGAUAAAUAUUCUAAAACAACCAAAAGUCUUGCGGAUGUAAAGGAAAAGUGCGUUUGCCAAAAUUGUCUUCUUGCCAAUGAUGUAAAUUUCUCUUCGAACUGGUGGAUUUCGUAGUGUAAAUUUAACCGAUGCUUUAUUCUGGUGAAAGCUUUAACACAAGUGUCCUCGGCUUGUGUUCCACUUGCCUUCUCAACCACUGCCGAACGCAGCAGUGAUGCCGAUGCUAUUAUCCAAAGAGUUGUCUGCUUCCUCAGAUGGGUAUGGCUUUUUUCACUCAGUUGAUCCUCGCGAUGACGUAUUGACACAAGACCAAAGAUCCAGCGUGUCUUGCCAGUGACAGAGGGUUGUAUUUAUAUUCUUUCUCUGAGAAUCGUCUGUCACCUUUCACAAACAAAGCAGUAUGUGGAGGGAGUCUCUCUGUCUCUCUCCUUUGUAUUUUCUGUCCAGGUGUGACAAUGAAGGAUACUGACUAUCAUAAUGAAAACCCAAUGUGUGAAGAGCAACAUAAUCACUUUUAAUACCUUUUGUAAUAGAAAUGAUCCUAACCAAAGAAGCUUGAAGUCUCUGUUAUUUAGUGAUUUUCUUUGGUUUUCAUUUACAUUCUAAACAUUCUUUGCAUUAUAUGCGAUAUGAUUUCCACUGGGUUUGAAUACUAGAAAAAGCAUUUUUGCAUAGCUCUUUUUUUUAAGCUUGAGAUGUCAAAAACUGAUCCGCUGUCUUUCUACAACCAUAAAAUCAGUACAUUUAAAUUUAGAUUGUCCCUUCUAGCAUAUUAUUGUGAACCAAAAAGUUUUCCAAAUUUAAACGUGACAGAUUCCACAAUAUGGCAAGUUUUGUAAUUCAAGUUUUUUCUGUGUCAUGUCAUAUAGAAGAUUAAUCUGGAAGCCACACGUAAAUUUGCUGACUUGACUCAGGUUUUAUAUGUAGAUUUAGAGUGUAGAUUUUACUGUUCUUAUUUAAGUUAUGGUUUUCUGAUAUUUCUGCUUUUGAAUACCAAAAUACUUUAAUCCAAAGUGAGCAACAAAGCAAAUUAUUUUAUGUGUUGAAAUGUUGCAACUGACUUUUUUGAUACUCUCAAGAUGU